UUUUGGUUUGCUUUUUUUUUUGUUAUUUUUUUUCUCCCCUAAGUCUUGAAGUUGAGUUUUAGAGGCGACACGGCGGCUUCAGCCGAUUUCUUCCCCUUCUUUUGCCUCCCCAUGGAUAUGCACUGCAAGGCAGACCCCUUCUCAGCAAUGCACCCAGGGCACGGGGGUGUGAACCAGCUCGGGGGGGUGUUUGUGAACGGCAGGCCCCUACCUGACGUGGUGAGACAAAGGAUAGUGGAGCUGGCGCACCAGGGGGUGCGACCCUGCGACAUCUCCAGGCAGCUGCGGGUCAGUCAUGGCUGUGUCAGCAAGAUCCUGGGCAGGUACUAUGAGACGGGGAGCAUCAAGCCCGGCGUGAUCGGCGGCUCUAAACCCAAAGUGGCCACCCCCAAAGUUGUGGAUAAAAUCGCCGAGUACAAGAGACAAAACCCCACCAUGUUCGCCUGGGAGAUCCGUGACAGGCUACUGGCCGAGGGCAUCUGCGACAACGACACGGUGCCCAGCGUCUCGUCCAUAAACAGGAUUAUCAGAACCAAAGUUCAGCAACCCUUCCACCCAACCCCGGACGGGAGUGGCACCGGCGUCACCGCACCAGGACACACUAUCGUGCCCAGCACAGCAUCCCCUCCCGUCUCCAGUGCCUCCAAUGAUCCAGUGGGCUCUUACUCCAUUAACGGGAUCCUGGGGAUUCCUCGGUCGAAUGGCGAGAAGAGGAAACGUGAUGAAGAUGUAUCCGAGGGCUCGGUUCCCAACGGAGAUUCCCAGAGCAGCGUGGACAGUUUGCGGAAGCACCUUCGUGCCGACACUUUUACCCAGCAGCAGCUGGAAGCUUUAGAUCGAGUUUUUGAGCGUCCUUCUUACCCUGACGUCUUUCAAACAUCAGAGCACAUCAAAUCUGAGCAGGGUAAUGAGUACUCCCUCCCAGCUCUGACCCCGGGGCUCGAUGAAGUCAAAUCAAGUCUAUCCACCUCUGCUAACCCAGACCUGGGGACCAACGUGUCAGGACCCCAGACAUACCCAGUGGUGACCGGUCGCGAUAUGGCAAGCACCACCUUGCCUGGCUACCCACCCCACGUGCCCCCAACUGGACAAGGCAGCUACCCAACCUCAACUCUUGCAGGAAUGGUACCUGGGAGCGAGUUCUCGGGGAACCCRUACAGCCACCCUCAGUACACAACCUACAACGAGGCCUGGCGGUUCAGCAACCCGGCGUUACUAAUGCCACAUCCCGGGGCUCCGCACCUCCCGCUGCUGCCGCUGCCUAUGACCGCCACUAGUUACCAUGGAAACCACAUGAAACUGCAGGGCGACAGCUUAGGCCUCCAUAUUGUACCUGUCUGA